GCAGCGUUUAAAUGCUCUGCUUUGGUAGAACAGACGUUCACAGUUGUGUUGUCUACUUACAUAAGGAAUAAUUUUGGAUCAAAAUUGGGGAAUAUGGACACCUCAAGCUUGGACAACGACACAGACAAAAUCUGUCAGAAAAACAUCGACCAUAACCGAGCGCUGUAUAUUUUCUACUCUUCUGUGGUAGUGCUGGAGUUGAUCUUGGGUCUUCUGCUGAAUGUUACAGUUAUCCAUCUCUUCAUCUUCAAGCUCAAGUUCUGGAAAUCUAAGACCAUUGACAUUUUCUUGUUCAAUCUGGUCCUGGCUGAUAUUUUGUUGCUGAUUGGAUUGCCCGUAAAGGCUUAUAACUUUCAGCAAUGCAGUGAACACAAGGUAGUGUGCAAAGUACAGCUCUUUCUACAGUUUCUCAACCGAGGAGCCAGCAUCGCCUUCCUGACGGUCAUCUCCAUUUAUCGAUAUUAUAGCGUGGUCCAUCCUGGGAAGAGGAGAGUCCUGAGGAUUUUGAGAAUGUCGCCUCAGAUUUCUGUAUUCAUCUGGGUGUUGCUUGGAAUCUUGACCAUUCCAGCCAUGUUGCAAAGUUUUAUCAGAUGCAACAUCAGUGAAAAAGAUGAGGAACUCACCACCAUUGUUCUACUGAGAGAAAUUGUGUUUUUUACUCAGAUUUUCAUACCCUUUUUUGUUCUUGUGUAUUGCUCAAUACGGAUUAUCAGAAGACUCAAACAGAAGUCAGUGGGUGACAAGACUAAGCUCCGGAGAGCGAUGUUCCUCGUCACUUCGGUGGUUUUCGUCUUUGCGGUCUGCUUCUUGCCUUAUGCCAUAACAAGAGCAGUGCAGCUAUAUAAAACUGGGCACGUGUUGCCAGAAGAGAAAGAUACUGUCGUUAAACUGUACGAUGGGCUUAUUUGUCUGUCUUAUCUGAACUGCCUGCUGGAUCCAAUCCUGUACUGUCUGAGCAGCAGUAAAUUUAAGAAGUUAUACAUAUCAAUAUAUCUCCCCUUUCUACUGGAGAAGGUACAACCUGAAAGUGCAGAAGAUACUGGAGAUGACUAAACUAAGUAAAAUUGACAUAAGAAUUAGCCAUAUGCUUUUAAACAAUAGUUUUAGAUGAAGUAGCAAUGUCACACUGAAGCAUGUCAUCUAAUUUUUGAAUUCACCUCCUGUUUACGUGUCUAACCUAUAUUGGACUUUCUGACAGAAGUGAUUUACAUUUGUAAAUGUGAUUAACGAUUUGUAUACUGGAAACUAGAAAUGCAUGAAUUAAUUUCUUUGUCAGGCACAGAGAAUGAAAUGUGCAAGAUUUCAUGUUUUAAUUGCAUCUUAUAAUUUUUGCAUGUAUGAUUUGUUUACUGAUAUGUGAUAUAUGUGAAAUUAAAUUUUAUUUCCUCAC